AUGAUUCAUGAUGAUUUUUUGAAAUGUUGUGGAAGGUGUCCGUUCGCAUCAUUUCUCGCUUUCUUAUUUACAUUAACGGGUACUGGGAUAUUCUGUGGUUGUAUUUAUCACGCAUUAAAAAUUACAAUUGAAGCUGUGAACAACGCUUUUAAAAUACAAUAUGUUGAAGUGGAUUGGAUUCGUAUGACACGGUUGGGUGUUAUCUUUGUUUCGGCUGUUAUGUGUGGUUUAUGUUUAAUAUUGUUAAUUGUUGGAUGUCUAGCGACUGGCGCUACUCGUCAUCAAGUUUACACGGGUUUUCGUUCAAGAUUAAGUGGACGAAUAGCAACCGGAUUUUUUUCUAUAGUUGUUUAUUUAUUAUUUAUAAUAUGGGUGAUAACCACAUUAGCCUUGGUUGUUCCAUGUAUUGGCUAUUUUAUACUAAAUUAUCGUUGUACAAAAGAAGUACGCACUGUUGAAACAGACCCAUUAUCUCCAACACGUUGUUUAUGGCUUGGUCAUUAUGGUUUGAAUAUACCAAAACAAAGAAAUGACCAUACAGUUUGUCAAGAAUCAUUUGUUGAACUAUGCAAUCGAACCACAGAAGCGGGUCCACGAUACAUUGCGGCUUUAUGUGGUUCAUUAUUAGUUGUUCUAGGCUUGCUUCAUUUUUUGUGUUGCCUUGUCGCUAAUUAUGCACAUAUUAAAGACGGGAUUAAAUUACGCGAUUAUGAAGACGCUAUUAAAGAAGAGUUAGAAUUAUCAAAAUUAAAUCGUUAUGUUGCACGAUAUGUGAAUAUCAAUGCCGAUCAAUUAUCUGUUCAAUUACUCUAUGGACGUCCAAUUAUCGUUGAAAAUUUGACAUUCAAUAAAGAUACAUUAAAUAAUGAUCUACAAAAAAAAUUAAAAUUACCAAUUGAAAUUGAAUUUUUACAUGUUGGAAAAAUAGAAUGUUCAUUUCAAUGGUCAUCAUUAUUUUUUCGUUCAUCAUCAACAGCAUUAAAAAUAAAAAUUGAACAUGUUUACAUUAUUGUCAAACCUAUACAACUUGAUGAAAAGGAUGAUGAUGAAUCAAAUCAAGUUAUUGAUCAAGAAACAAUUUUUCAAAUGAAUAAAAAUGAUUUGGAGCAAGUCGAACAACAAUGGCAAAAAGAAUUUGAAUUUUUAGGAGAAGUUAAACCAACAUCCAUAUGGGGAUUGAAACGUUUGUCUUUAUCUAUCAUAGAAAAAGUACAAAUACAAAUAAAUGAUGUUCAUGUGCGUUACGAAAGUUAUUCGAUAACAAAUAUUCCCUAUGCUCUUGGUUUACUAUUUGAUAGUAUUCAGAUAUCUAAUGAAACAGCAAAAGAUCAACCAUCAUCAACAGACAAUAGUAAUAUUAGUCAAAAAGUAUUUCAAAUAAAUGGUUUAGCUGUUUAUAUUGAUGAUAAUAUUGAAAAUAUUCAUCAACAUGAACAAAGUCAAAUAUUAACAUUAAUGCGUUCAUUUUCUUCUCAACAUUCCUAUAUUUUAUUACCAACAAGUUCAAUGAAAAUUUAUCUUGUACAAAAUCAUUUAAAAUCAUCAAUAACAAAUCGAAAACAAGCACGAUACGAAUUAGAAUUUAUUUUAAAUGAUAUAAAUCUUAAAUGUGAUAUUAAACAAAUACAAAUUCUAUUGGAUGUAAUACGUUUUAUUCAAUUUUAUAAUUUUCAUCGAAAUUAUGUUACGGAUCCAAGUCGACCAAAAACAAAAAUAAUUGGCAAUAUCAAACAAUGGUGGCAUUAUAUUACAUUAGUUAUUAUUCGAACACAAAAUUAUUUAAAAUCACCAACAAAUACCGAUGCUCAAACUUCAUCAUCAUCUACUACACGAUUUUGGUUUAAUCGUAAAAUAUUGCUUUAUCGUUUACAUCAAGUGAUUAUUUAUAAAAAUCUAUAUCGUACAUAUUUAGAUAAUAAAUAUCUUAAACGAUUACCCGUUCUUACAGAAUCUAAACAAUUACAAAUGGACGAAAUUGAACAUGAAUUUGAUCAUGAUUGUUUACUAAAAAUACGUCGAGCUAUAUUUAGAAGUCGGGCUAAUGAACACUUUAGUUCAACGAGAAUUCAAAAGAAAUUACAACAAUCCACACCGAUAGCUAACAACAGUGUAGAUGCUUCUCAGUCACAAGACACAUCGUCUUCCUGGUACGUUGGCUAUGCCAAAUGGUGCAGUACAAAAAUGCUGGAUUUGUUGAAGACAAAAUCAACCGAUGUUGGUGUUUCUGCAUUAUCUACGACACCAUUGACGACAUCAUCAACAACCACACUCAAUGAACAUGACAAAGAAUUGCAGGAACAAUUAAAUACAUUUAUUGCUCAUUCAUUAGAAGAUGAAGACUUAUCACAGAAACGACGUGAUGCAUUACUAUUGCGUUUAAAGUUCUUACUAAAAUCGGUACAAUUGGAUUUACUAAGCGAAUCGAACACAUCGAUUAAGUCCGUAUUGUUUAAGUUUAAUUUGAAUGAUGUUUCAAUAUUAACAGAGUUAAGACCAAGGUCAAGAUCAGUAUUAUUUUAUCUGAGAUUAGAUGAUCUUAAUGUUCGUGAUUGCGUAAGAGAAGAUGCAUUUUCAAUGAUUAUUUCUCCUAAACAGCGUCAGCAACAACAAACUGGAAAUAAUGGUUCUGUUAAUCAACAAUCAUCUCAUCGAGCACCUGUAUUCGAAUUAUCGUAUGAAAGAAAUCCAUUGAAUAUACAACAACAACAGCCUCUACAACAAUUGCCGUCAAAAACUAAAUCUUUGCCUCGUCUUUCAUUUUCGAUUGCUAUUCGAAGUCGUGGUUUAUGUUUUGUCUGUUGUCCAUAUUCUCUUGAUCGUUUUCAUCAAUUUAUGUCAUCAGUAUUUCAACCUGUUACUCAAACACCGAUCGAAUCAAUUCCAACAACAUCAAUUAUUCAGACUGCAAAACAUCAUUGGACACAACUGAAAGAUCGUACAACAAAACAACUUAAAUUUGCAUUUGAUCAAAUGUUUUCUAAUAAUACAACAAGAAAGAUAAGUAAUUCACCUUAUAAAUAUAUCAAACAAUAUCGUCGGAGAUCUAAAAAGAAAUUCGAUAUCUAUCUUGAUAUUUAUGCUCCACAAAUGAUUAUACCACAAACAUCUGGACGUGCUGUCAUUGUUGACUUUGGCUGGUUAACAUUGAUAAAUGAUGAAUAUAAAAAAUCGUGUCCAUUAAAAGAGUGUGAUAUGCAUUCAAGUAGCAAUAAUACAUCUGUUUAUUUCACUGAUUAUUUUACCGAACGUUCAUAUUUUUUCAGUGAACCAUCAGUAUCAGCACCACCGGUAGUACUUGAUGAUGAUGACGAUUUAUUUCUAACACCGGAUAGUUCUCCGUUAGCUGAUGAUGAUACAAAUGAAAUAGAAACAUCAAAUUACCCUUUAAAUAUUAUUUCACCCAAUGAUGUUAGUCAAAAGAAGGAAGUGAUUACAUCAUACGAUAAAGAUUUUUACUCAUCAUUUUCAUUAUGUUUAUGCGAAAUGCAAGUAGCCUAUUCAACAUUUUCUUCUAAUCAGAUGGAACACGGUGUAUUAUCACCAAUUAUUGAAAAAUUUGGUGUCUGUUUUUUACUACAAACACGUAUUGUUUAUUCAAAUGAGCCAUUAUGGCCAAAUAUAAAAUUAUCAGGCACAUUACCGAAACUUGUUUUACAUUUGGAUCCAGAACGAAUUGAAACAUUAAGUGGAGCAUUAAAUAAUUGGGGAACGUUUGUCAAUAAUUUUCAAGUAGCUAUUAAUUCAGAAGAGAUUGAUAAAAGAAAUGAAAAACAUGAUGAUGAUGAACAACAAGAACAAACACAGUCUGAACAGUUCAGUGAAUCUGCUCGUUUGGCAAUAGGUUUUCGUAUUAAUGAAAUAAGUAUUCAAUUAAGUGAUGAAUAUCGUGCAUUAAGUGAAUUUCGAGUACAAAAUAUUGAUUUAACAUUAAUGAAUCAUUCAUAUUCAAAUAUAUUAUCGAUGAGUGUAUCGACAUUAAUGAUUGUUGAUGCUGUACAACAUUAUGGAAAAGAUUAUGAAUUAUUAUUAACAUCAAAUCGUUCGUUAGAAAUAAAUACACAAACUGGACGAUUAAAUGAAAUGGAUUCUCGAGCAUCAUCACCUAAUUCGAUAAAAUCGAUGUUUACAUUAUCAAAACAAUCACAAACAUCAGAUGAACAUUUAAUACGUAUUAAUAUACAAUCGACAACAAGUAAACAACAGCAACAAUAUUUAACAAUUGAUAUGCAUGUCACUAAAUUAAAUCUUGUUUAUAAUCCCGAAACAAUAUGUGCAUUAACUAAUUUUUUUGUCAGAAUUAUUAGUUUGAUGAAAGAUGAGAGAAAUUAUGCGUUUUCCACUGAUACAAUGAACUAUCCAAUGUUAUCCAGUGUGCCUACAGAAUCGGUAUCGAAUCAACAACAAAUUACACCGUUACGUGUACAAAUCAAUGGCGAAUUUGAAGAAUUAAGUAUUUUAUUUACAAAUGUGGUUACAAUUACGUCAAUGAAUAAAACAAAUACGAAAUUAGAAAAAGUUGCUGCUGUUCGAAUGCGUGGUGCAUCGUUAAAUAUUUCCUUGGAACCAUAUAAAAUGAUUGAAGGAGAAAUAUGUGCAUUGCAAGUAUUUAAUUUAUUACGCGAUUAUACAAUGUUAACCACUGCGAAGGAUACUAAUGAACAAUCAAGAACAAUUAUUGAUCUUGGUGAACAGUCUAACAAUAAUAAUAAUAGUAGAACGACUCUUCAUAAAAAGGAAAUUGAUGGUGAUAAUGAUGAGGAGGACGAAGAAGAUUUUAUAUUACCAAGCAAAGCAUUUCAUUUUUUAUAUACUGAAAAUAUUAAACAUGAAUUAUUAAUUGAAAUGGCAUCUGUAUGCUAUACACAUUCAUCAAAGUUUAUAUAUAAAAUUCAAAAAAUUAUUUCUUACAUGACAGAACAUUGUCAUUCAUCAACAGUGAUUGAAGUAGGAAAAAUGAAACAAAAUGUUCUAAAACAAGGAACGUUAUUGUUAAAUCAAUUUGUUCAUGCAUCAUCUUCAACAACAGAAACUGUUUUAAAUGAAAACGAAGCGGGAUUAACUUUUAAUCCGAUAAUAUCGUCGCCAUUCACCACCGAUAAUGUUGAAAGAAAAUCACCUACUUUAAAUUUAUGUUUAUUUUUUGCUACACCCAUUCUUGUAUUUCAUCCAGAAUCUUUAACUAAUCAAAUUUAUUCAAAUGAAUUACUUGUAUUUCAUCUUGGACAUAUUCGUGUUGAAAAUAAUGUUGAAUUAAAACGACAACAAUCACAAGAACAUCAACCAAAUUAUUUACUUAAAAUAAAACAUUUACAUUUAUUUUCAAUUAAUAUUGAACAAGAAUUACGUUCUUCUCAAAAUUCAAAUCUUUUUGAAAUAUAUAAAAAUCCUCAUAAAUCAAGUCCAAUGAUAAAUGAUGUUAUGAUUGAUUUAAAUUUAUUUAUAAAUAAUAAUGAAACAUUUGUUAAUACAAAACUUGUUUCUUCUGUUCAAAUAUAUUUAAGUAAAAAACAAAUUAGUUUAUUUCAAAAUAUACUUGUUUCAUUAACAUAUAAUGAUAAUAUAAAUAAACAAAAUAUAGAAUUAAUGGAAGAACAAGAACAAGAACAAGAAGAAAAUGAAAAUGAAAAUGAUUUAUUACCAAUUAUACAUCAUCCAGAACUUAUUAGUGAAAAUGAAAAAGUUAAAUUUAAAUCAUUUUCAAUACAAUUUGAAUUACCAGAAUUAGUAUUAAUAUUUCAAGGUGAUUUAGCUGAUAUUAAUUCAGAACCACAAAAUGUUUGUGAAGCUAUAUUUGGACAAUUUAAUAUGUCAAUUAUACAAAAUGAAGAAUAUUUAAAAUCUGUAUCAUUAAGAUUAGAAUCUUUAAAUGUUUUUGAUCAUCUUGUUAAUGAUAAUGAAUGUUUAUUUUCAACAAAAAAUAAUUAUUCAUCAAAUCGUAUAUAUCAACAUAGUCAAUCACAUCUAUCAUCAUCAUUUCCUACAACAGAAUUUAAUAAUACAACGACAAAUUUUAUUCAUCAAUCAUCAACAUCUGUUCCAGCUUAUAUGAUUAUUAAUAAAAAUCAAUUUUUAAAUAAUUAUUCAAUUUCUACACCGCCAUCAUCGCCUAAUAUGUUACAACAACGAUCAAGAGCAAGAACAGUAUCAUUAUCAUCUUCUUUACCAGCAUUUAUUCAAUUAAAUAUAAACAUUAUUGAUAAAGAACACGAACAUUUUGAUGAUAGAUAUAAUAAAUUUAAUAUAAUAGCUGAUGCUAAUUUUAGUGAAGUAGAAAUUAAAUUUAAUAUACCAACAUGGAUUAUGUUAUUUGAUAUUAUUGGAUUGAUUGGUACACCAACACCACAAACACCUCUAUUGUCCACAGAAAUUCGACAAGAUGAAGAAAUAUCCAUGAAGAAAAAUGUCAUUUUAUCAUCACCAUUACCAUUACCUCAAAAUGAUUCUAUGCAAAUUUGUAUUAAUGUUGAUGCUAUAUCGUGUUUAUUACAAGAUGAAAAAGUUCCAUUAAUGAAAUUUUCUUUAAAACGUUUUUAUUGUAAUAUAAAAGCAUUAUCAACAAAUGAAGCUAAUAAAUGUCUUAUUGUUGAAGGAAAAUUGGGUCUUGUAUCAAUAAGAGAUUUAACAUUAUUUGGAAUGUUAUAUGAAGAACGUUUUUGUACAAGUGGAACAAAUGCUCUAGUAUUUACAUAUAAAAAAGAAGAAGAAUUAAUUAUUGAUAAAAAUUAUUAUUUUCCAACACGAUUAAGUUUAUAUUUACGUUUGACAUCUGUACAAUAUAUUCAUACACAACGUUUUUUAAUGGAUUUAAUUAAUUUUUUUGAUCGUUUUCAACAAUUACAAGAUGCAUUUAAUCGUAUGAGAACAGCUGCUGCUGGUCAAUUAAUUUCAUGUAAUGCUGGACGUUCAACAGGCAUAUUAGUCGAUAUUGAAGCUGAUAGUCCAAUAUUAAUAUUACCUGAACAUUCAUCAAAUCCAAAUGUUAUUAUAUUACAUUUAGGAAAUAUUAUUAUUAAUAAUCAAUUUUUAUAUGAAAAUGAGAGUGGAACAUUGAGUUUUAUUAUGAAUAAUAGAAAUAAAGCGGAAAUAUUAUGUUUAUUGGAUGUUAUCAAUAUACAAUUCAAGGAUACUGAAUUUUAUUCCGCCGAACGUUGUUCACUUGAUAGUUCGUCAAUAUCAUCGUCUGAUUUUUCCGUUAAAUUUUCAGAUUUUGCUUUUAUUCGUAAUCGUCAUUCAUCAUCAAUGUUACGUGAAAAUACUCAUUUAACUAUUCAAGUUGAACGAAAUUUAGAUAAUUCAAUAAAUCAUUCAUCACCUACCUAUAGUGUUAAAGCUAAUUUGUCAUCUGUCCAUAUUUUACUCGAUAUUCGACAAUAUCAAUUAGUACGUGGUAUAUUAAUAUACAAUAUAUGUGAACAAUUAGAACAAGCACCUCGUCCAACAAUGAUUGUUGAAGAUCCAUCAUGUGUAUCAACUAUUUUAACAGGUGUUGUUUGGAAAGAAUUAUCAUUUAGAAUUGAAAUGGAUAAUGUUGGUUUAGAAUUAUUUAUACCAGAUAAAUUUAAUUUAUCAUCAAAUCGUCAUACUUUAGGUCAUUGUGCAUUUAUUAAAUCAUCUUUUUUAUUUGAUAAAUAUUCAAAUUCUAGUCAAGAUUUUGAUUUAACAUCUGAAUCAAUUAAAUUAAUUGAUACAAGAAAAUAUAAUGAAAAUGUAUUUCAUGAUAUUCUUGUUGCACAUCGUUCAUUAUCUACAACUUCAACAACAACAGUAACCAUGCAAUUAGAAAUACAUUUACGAUCAACAAAACAACUUGAACAAUAUACUAUUGUUUUAAGUCAUGUACGUGUUUUAUUUAUUAUUGAUUGGUUAUUAAAAAUUAAAGAUUUUAUUGAAUCAUUUGAACAAAAAGAUGGUAAUUAUAUUCAACCACAACAAAUACAACAACAAAUUAUUAAUAAUAAAUCAUUUGAAAUAAUAUUAAAUUUUAAUCAAUCAGAAUUAGUUCUUGUUCAAAAUACAUCAAAUAAAAAUAGUAAUGCUGUUGUUUUAAGUGGUACAAUAGCACUUGUUUAUAGAGAAUCAAAUAAAUUUAAACCAUUGGAUUGUUCAUUACUUGGUGUUACAUUAUUUUCAUGUCAAAUGAAUAAUAUUGAAUCAACGGCUGUCAGUAUUAUUGAACCAAUUAAUUUUUCAUUUGAUAUACAUACAAAAGAAGAAAAUAGACAAAAUAAAAAUACUCAGACCGAUAAAAUGAUUGAAAAAACAACAUUAGAAUUAAAUUUACCAUUAUUAAGUAUUCGUUUAUCUUACUAUGAUAUUAAAUUAAUGUUAUAUAUGUUUGAAUCGAUAACAAAACAAAUUGAUAAUGCUCGAACAACAUCAACAUCAAAAAUAAAUCUUUCAACAUCAACAGAAAAUAAUUAUUUAUUAACAUUUAAUAAUGAUGUUAUUUUACCAAAAGAUGAUGUAUUUAUAACAGAAUAUUGUCCACAAACAAGUUAUCCAGAAUUUCGUAUACGUUCAACAACAGGUGAUUUAUCAAUUCUAAAUGAACGACAAAAAAUUUCUUUAACUCCAAUUUUAUCCGAUUUUCAAACAUCAACAUCUCAAACAUUUUUAAAUAUUCAUUUAAUGAAAUUUUCAUGUGAUCAUAUAUCAUUAUGUAUAAUUGAUGAUUGUCUUGAUGCUGAUAUACCAUUAUUAAAUAUUCAUUUAAAUAAAUUUAAAUUACAUAUAACUAGUGAUGGUUUAUUAACACGUUUAUAUCAAAGUGAUUUUACAUUUAAUAUUGAUUAUUAUAAUCGUUUACUCUCAGGUUGGGAACCAUUUCUUGAAUCAUGGACAUGUCAAUUAAUAUUAAAAUAUAAUAUAUUAUCAUUAACAUCUUUUCUUAUUCAAUCAAAUGAUGUAUUAAAUAUAAAUUAUACAAAAACUAUUCAUCAAUUAUAUGAUGUUGUUAAAAUGAAUUGGUUAAAUGAAUAUAAUAAUAGUACAAAAGAAACUUUUCGUCGUCCAAAACCCUAUGAACCCUAUUGUUUAACAAAUUUAUGUGGAUUAAAAAUACAUUUUCAAACAUGGUUAUCAUCAGAACAACGUUUUGAUACAAUAAAAUAUUUAGUUGAAAAUAAUCAAAUAAAAUCAUUUACAUUUCCUAGUCAUUUAAUAAUAAAAACUAAUAAUAAUUUAACAACAACAACAACAACAACAUCAUUUUCUGAUAGACGUUUAUUAAUUCAAAUUGAAGGUUGGGAAGUAUUAAAACCAGUAUCAAUUGAUCGAGUUGGAACAUUUUUUCGUCGAACAAUAAGUACAUCAUCAACAACAAAUACGUUAAAUAAACCAAUUCUAAUAUUUAUUGAUGUUAAAAUGAUUGAUAGUUCAACGCGUUCAAUAACCAUACGUUCACCAAUAACAAUUAAAAAUAAAUUAUUAACUAAAAUGGAUAUUGGAAUAAAAUAUGGUCCAAGUUUAUUUUAUGAAUUUUCAUUAGAUCAUAAUGAAUUAAAAUCAUUACCAUUACAAUAUUGUUUGAGUAUGAGACAAAUUUAUAUUAGACCCAAUGGAUUUACGUUAAACUAUUGUAGUCAACCAAUUGAAUGGACAAAUAUUUAUAAUGAUACAACAAAAAGAAAUAAUGAUUAUGACGAACUAGAAGAAGAAGAAUUAAAUAUUAAUAGUUCUCAUUCUCAACAAUAUUCGCAUGAUGCUCCAAUACCUGCCAAACGUCGAAUAACGAGUUCAAAGGAUCGUCAAUCAUUUCUUCGAAUGUGUAAUUUGACUUCGAAUUAUAAAGAAAAAGAUGGUAAUAUCUACUAUUUUUGUUUUAAAUCACAACGUUCUCGACUUAUGUCAUAUAACGAUGAAAGAUUAUCAGCCUAUAAUCUCACUAUCCUAUCACCGAUGAUUAUUCAUAAUCUUUUACCAUGUGAUUUAACAUUCCAUGUUCAAAAUCAACAAUUACAAAAAGUAUGCUUAAAACCAUAUAAAUCUCAUCAUGAACAUAUGAUAAAUAUUACAAAAUCAAUCGAUAUCAUGUUUUCAACUGAUCUCUAUCGUAUGACAAGACCAUUUCAGUUAAAUGAUGUUUAUCCAGUAAAAUAUAAUCAUUCUCGUGCAACAUUCUAUGAUACGAUUAAUCGUCCUUUAUCAAUUGAUAUUAGUGUAAUACGUUCAAUAACCAAUCAAAUUAAAAUUUUAAUAUCUGUUCCGUAUGUACUUAUUAAUAGAAGUGGGAUACCAUUAAUAUUUAAACAAGAAAGUUGUCGAGAUGAAGCAGCAGGACAAUCACAUGAAAAUGAAUUAGCGAGAAAUCGUGAACCGUUAUUAUUUUCAUUUAGCGAUGUUGAAGCAGCCUAUGCAUGUGUCAUGAAAGUUGGAUAUGGUGUACACAGCACUGAUGAUGGACGACCAUUGUGGUCACAAAGAUUUAGUCUUGAACGUGGCUCAAAUUAUCGUGAAUUACAUGUUCAAUCACCUCACGGUCGUCCUGAUUGGAUUUAUUACAUUGGAAUUGAUGUUCGUCAAGGAAAAGGUCGUCUACGUAAAACAAAUUAUAUAUUUUUGAGUACACGUUUUAUGAUAAGUAAUCAAUGUUCGUAUGAUUUGUCUGUUGCUCAACGUCAUCUAGUACGUGGUAUGUUACAAUCGGGUCAUUAUGAUCCUGAUUGUUGUUUACAUGUUUUGAAACAUUCAAAUGUUGCUUAUCAUUGGCCACGAAGUGAUCUCGAUCAACUUUUAUGUAUUCGAGUUAUUAACAAUCGUCAAUAUCGUCAUGUAUAUUGGUCCGGCGGUUUCCUUAUUGAUCGUGUUGAUGCAUUUCAUAUUAAUAUGCGUUAUGAUGAUAAUCAAUGUUUAAUAUUGCGCGUACAAGUGAUACAACGUGGAGGUACCUAUUUUGUUGUUUUUAUGAAUUCUGAUGAUAUGCCACCACCCAUUCGAAUUGAUAAUUUAUCUUAUGUACCCAUACAAUUUUAUCAAACAGAAACAAAAGAUGAUUUAAGCCAUUUAAGAACAUUUAUCCAACCAAAACAAACGGUUGAUUAUGCUUGGGAUGAACAAACGUUAAGACCAAAUAUAACAUGUUCCAUUGUGGGUGGAACAAAAGAAACGUAUAAUUUGAUGCAAAUUGGCCAUGGAGAACAUUUAUGUUAUGAAAAUCAUAUUUGUUUAGCUUUACAGGAAACAUUUGAUAAAGAAGAAAAUGAUUGUGAUAGUGAUAGCGCAUUCGACGAUGAUCGACAACAUCAGACAGAAACAUAUCAUCAUAAUAUACCGACAAUAGAGAUGAAAAGCGGUGGUGUAAUAAGAAAUCGUCAUACAAGUGAUUCAACAACAACAAAUAAAAAGUCACUGAUAAAAAGCAAAACUCUAGAUAUAUCAAAGUCUCUGAACAUAAGACGAAAUGAUCGUAAUCUUGUUAUUGACUGUAUCCAAGGCAGAUUAUUACUAGCUCAACGGGAAGAAAAUAAACGAUCACAAUUAUGGCGAAUGACUAGUAAUGGUUUACUUGUUCAUGAUGGAUCGUCAUCACCACGCGACUGGACUCGAAGAGAAACAACAAAUGAUAUUAGACAGUCAUUUGUCUUAGAUGUUGAAGAAGUUUCUGACAGUUACACAUCUGUUACUCAUAUGAACGGAUUUAUGCGACUAACAAUUCGCCGUUAUGAUUCAAAACGUACAUUAACUCAGACGUGGCGUUUUCUUGAUGGUUAUUUAUGUAUGGGUCAAACACAAAUGUGUGUACAAGUAUUUGGAGAAUUGAAAGAAAACAGUGAUCUGGUACUCGGACCGAUAGUAUUCAAUAAUAAGGGUUUAUUACCUCCAGAGCCAAAUAUGCAUAUACGCCCCCAAAGACGAUUAAAAGGUUCCGGUCUAUUGUCUGUUCGUACCUAUGCUGAUGGUCCAACACGUGUUCUUGAAAUAACUAACGUAUCGAACGUGAAACAACCAUCUUUGGCUGCUACCACUACAAACAAAGAAAAAAUUGUCAAAAAGAAUGUGAAUCCAUCCUCCAAUGAUUAUCUGCAUCGUGUUAUGCACAUCGAUUUUAAAUUGGAAGCUGGCAUUGGGAUAUCAAUUGUUAAUUCAAUUGGUAGAGAAUCUGAAGAGUUGGUGUAUAUUCUUCUUAAUGAUAUAAUAUUAGAAUACAAGGAUGAAGAAAAUGAAUAUUUAUUUCUAGCCACGAUUGGAACUGUUAUUGUAUCAAAUCAGUUGUUAACAGCAACAACACCUUGCCUUUUGUACACAACGUAUGUUGACGAAUCAACUGUUCAACCAGCUGUUCGUUUACAAGCAAACCUCCAGAAACCCAAUGCAAAUUAUAAAAAUCUUCACAUUUUACGUUACUUACGUAUUGGUCUCAAUAGCGUGACAGUUCAAAUUGAUGAGAUAUUAUUGUGGAAAAUGUUUGAAUUUUUUGGUAUGGAUUUUUCUGGUUCAUCAAAUAAUGGUCCGAAAUCAAAUGAUCAAACGAUAAAUAUGGAUGAUGGCGAUUAUGAUACACAACGUUUACUUUCAUUGCUAACAUCGACACAAGCAACACGCAUUUAUUUUAAUGAAUUAAUGUUAUCAUCUAUUAAUCUUGAUCUAAGUGUUUAUUGUGGCGCUUCACGUUCGCUACCUGCAAAUUUAUUAUCAAUCAAACGUCAUGCAUCAUUUCCAUUAGUUAAAUUUGAAAAUGCUCAGAUUCAUUUAAAAUCAUAUGAACAAGUUCAUAUAUUUAACACCUACGAUUUUUUCAUAUUAUCAUUAACAAAUCACUACAUAGAUGAAUUAAAACGUCAGGCAUUUAAAAUAUUAGGCAGUGUUGAUUUUCUUGGUAACCCGUUGGGACUAUUUAACGAUGUUACCGAUGGGUUUGCUAGUCUUGUUGAUCAUGGAAGUGUGACAGGACUAGUUAAAAAUGUGGCACAUGGUGUAGCUGAUUCAACAUCAAAAUUUACUGGAACACUAUCAUACGGACUAGGAAAAUUGGCAUCGGACGAUGAACAUGAUGAAAUGCGUGAAGCGAUACAAAGUAGUUAUCGUGGAAGUAGUUUUAGCCAUGUUAUUGGUGGAACAGUUGGAUUAGCAGCCGGUUUUAUAGGUGGAUUAACAUCGAUAAUAACACAGCCGUAUAAAGGUGUAGUAGAAGAUGGAAUCGGCGGUCUCAUGAAAGGAGUUGCCAAAGGCAUUGCGGGAACUGUUAGUAAACCAGUGGUGGGCGUUCUCGAUUUUGCCAAUGGAUUAGCAAUGGCAAUUAAAGAAAGUAGUAGAAGUAAAAAUGUCAUAUUAAGAAAUCGUAUUAGGCUACCACGUUGUCCUGCGAAUAUAUUGGGUUUAUUACAAGCGUACUCAAUCUAUGAUGCCAAUGGGCAAUCACUAUUGUAUCAAAUAAAUAGAGGCAAUUUAAAUGAAAAAUACAUAACAAGGUUAAUAUUAUCAGCGCCACCGACAGUAACAUCAAAACGAAAAGCCCCAAAAAAUAGCAAUGACGAUAAUUACACCGAACGAUACGGAUCUCAUGUUCAUGCCAUGAUUACAUCUGAGCGUGUGAUUAUUUAUCGCACAGACAAUGAACACGAUGAAUCUUCGUAUGAAAUAAUAAGUGAUUAUGAUUUUGGUACUUUAUUAAAUGUUGUCCCAGUUGAAUAUAACCGUCAUCCAUAUGUUCAAUUUAUACUUGGCUCACCGCAUUAUCGUUCAUUAAAGCAACAUUCACUAGCACAACAACAACAAGCAUCUUCACCCACUAGUCCUCCUGAUUCCUCACAACGUCCUUUUUAUAAAUGUGAUACACAAAAGAUAGCAACUCUAUUAUCCAUGAAUGUUGAACGUGCAAGAGGAACAUAUGAAGAAGAAAAGCUUACAUAUGAGAGAAAAAGUAACGACGAUGGUAAUGAGGAUGACGACGACGAAGAUAGUAAUUAG